AUGGACAACGGCGAGACAGCACCACCAGCGUCCAAGAGGAGGCAGAAAAGUCCGUACAUACCGCACGACCUCGUCCGGGAGAUCCUGGUCCGUCUUCCCGUCGACUCGCUGAUGCGGUUCAGCUGCGUCUGCAAGGCGUGGGGAUCCACCAUCUCCGGCGACGCAUCCUUCCACCGGGCGCACCUCCGCCGCCAGAGGACAUGCAUGCUCCUCUCGCCGUUCGCGGGGUUUCACCGCCACGACCGUGGCUGCAUGCGCAAGGUCGCCUUCUACAGGUGGGAGGCGAGCCAGCAGGGCACCCUAGACGUGCCCCUCGUGUACGCCACGGAGGUGCCGACCGCCAACAAGAAACACAAGGUCAUACACUGUGAUGGGCUGGUUCUAGUGCCCGCCGGGGCCACGGUGCUUCUGCUCAACCCGGCCACGCGGCGCGCCCGGACGCUGCCUUAUAGCCCCAACUUUUCGUUCUCCAGUGACCAGGUGUUCGGAUUUGGACGAGACCCACGUUCCAACAUGUAUAAGAUCGCUCGCUUCUUCUACCGCUCUGCGCCCGUAACAACAAGCGACUGCCACUACCCUGCGGUGAUGGGGAACUACCACAACACCGCUAGGAUGGAGGUGUUCACCAUCAGAGUCGACCGGCAUUGGCGUGAGACGGCAGGGCAACCGCCAUACCCUGUCAUGCAAUGGCGAGAGGCAACCUCCUUCAAGGGGUCCCUCCUUUGGAUCAUCGACGAGCGUGCUCUCGGGAAUGUUGCUCCGGGUUUUCUUCGCUUCGACUUGGGGGAUGAGACAUUCGGGCUCAUGCAGCUCCCUCCCUGGUGCCCAAGCUCCGAAUAUGCUACCAUGGGUUUAGCUGAGCUCCGUGGGGAGCUCCUUGUGGCUCGCGUACGUGACGACGUCGAGAUGUGGGUGUGCGACAACGUGGACAACCCGAAUUGGGAACUACACCACAAGAUCGUUAUCUCUCUGUGGAAUCAUCUCAAUCCAAUUGGUGUGUUUGAUGAUGAUGAUGUCGUGUUCCAAGAUGAAGAGAUGAGUCUCCUCAUACGCUAUGAUCGCCAAACUAAUUCUCUCAAGGCCGUGGUUCAUAUGAUGUACUUGAGGUAUCACAACCCAAGCACCGACACGAUUGAAUAUGGGAAUAGCAGGUUUGCGGAAAAGCGUCAGUCUACAACACUCCCUUCUAAACUCCCGCUCCCUAUUAUUACCAUUGAUGUAAUCCCCUAUGUUCCAAGCAUUGUUCCAAUCUAG